UGGCGGCGCCGGGCGGCGGUGGGCGGGUCUGACGUGUGGCGUGAAGAGCCAAGCGAGCGGGCUGCCGGGUCGGGGUUGUUUUAGGUUCGAGUGGUUUGGCGAUGGGGCUGCGGGAGAUGUGGAGACUCAUGUCGAGCAUGUGGGAUCUUAGCUCCCUGACCAGAAAUUGAACCCACACCCGCUGCUUUGGAAGGUGAAGACUUAACCACUGGACCACCAGGGAAGCCCCCCAGGUUUAAUUCAUCCAAAAGGACUAAUAUCAUACUGCAGCAUUUGAGAAUGUCUAAGCACACAGAUGCAGCAGCAGAAGUCCUAUUGGAAAGAAAAGGUUGUGCAGGAGUGAUAACACUAAACAGACCAAAGUUCCUAAAUGCACUGAAUCUUGGUAUGAUUCGGCAGAUUUAUCCACAGCUGAAGAAGUGGGAACAAGAUCCGGAAACUUUCCUGAUCAUCAUAAAGGGAGCUGUUGGAAAGGCGUUCUGUGCUGGAGGUGAUAUCAGAGUGAUCUCAGAAGCUAGAAAGGCAAAUCAGAAGAUAGCUCAAGAUUUCUUCAGAGAAGAAUAUAUGCUGAACAAUGCUAUUGAUUCUUGCCAGAAACCAUAUAUUGCACUUAUUCAUGGAAUUACAAUGGGUGGGGGAGUUGGUCUCUCAGUUCAUGGGCUAUUCCGAGUGGCUACUGAAAAGUCUCUUUUUGCAAUGCCAGAAACAGCAAUAGGGCUAUUCCCUGAUGUGGGUGGAGGUUAUUUCUUGCCACGUCUUCAAGGAAAACUUGGGUGCUUCCUUGCAUUAACAGGAUUCAGGCUGAAAGGAAGAGAUGUGUAUGCAGCAGGAAUUGCUACACACUUUGUAGAUUCUGAAAAGUUAGGCAUGUUAGAAGAAGAUUUGUUAGCCCUGAAAUCUCCUUCGAAAGAAAAUAUUGCAGAUGUCUUAGAAACUUACCAUGCACAGUCCAAGAUUGAUCAAGACAAGUCUUUUAUACUUGAGGAACACAUGGACAAAAUAAACAGUUGGUUCUCAGCCAAUACUGUGGAACAGAUUAUUGAAAAUUUACAGCAAGAUGGUUCAUCUUUUGCCCUAGAGCAGUUGAAGGUAAUUAAUAAAAUGUCUCCAACAUCCCUAAAGAUCACACUAAGGCAACUCAUGGAGGGGUCUUCCAAGACCUUGCAGGAAGUAUUAACUAUGGAAUAUCGGCUGAGUCAAGCUUGUAUGAGAGGCCAUGACUUUCAUGAAGGUGUUAGGGCAGUUUUAAUAGAUAAAGACCAGAGUCCGAAGUGGAAACCAGCUGAUCUAAAAGAAGUUACUGAUGAAGCGUUGAAUAAUCACUUCAAAUCUCUGGGAAGUAAUGAUUUGAAAUUUUGAAGAGACUGGAUUUUUAAAGUAUUAUUUUGGAGCAGAGUUGGCAAACUAUGGCACAUGGGCCAAAGCCAACCUGCUGCCUUUUUUUUUUUUCAUAUAUCCCUCAGCUAAGAAUGGUUUCUGCAUUUUUAAAUGGUUGGAGAAAGAAAUCAAAGACCAAUAUUGUGUGGCAUGUGAAAAUUACAUGAAAUUCAAAUUUCAUUGUCCAUAAAUAAAACUUUAUGGGAA